UUAUAUUUUGACUCUGGCCUUCAUUUGCGCUGAGCAGCUGGCCAGAUGUGUGAAAGCGGAGCAGCUGUCGCUGACCUCGGUGCUGAACACGACGUCAGAUGAACCUGCGCUCACCACAGGAGACACGAUACAGCCUCACUCCCUCUUUGAUUUAUUGAAGCUACUUCAAACAACCACUUCUGCUUUCUAAACUUGAGAGCUUUUUUUUUCAUCUUUCCAUUCAUUCUCUCUCCCUCUCUCUCUUUUUUGUCUCGGACACUGAUCCAUAUCGGUCGACGACGCUGAUUUUCAGUUUCACUCCUUUUCCUUUUCGUCGUGAUGGCACUCGGCGCAGCUACUGUACUCCAGGCAGGGGAUGAGUUGGUGGUGGAUGAAGGCGCACAGCUCGUUUGAUUCCUAUUGUGUAGGCUACACCGAGGUGUUUUUGCUUCAGCGCUCUCAUUGUGAAAAUUAGAGUGGUUUGUUGGAUCGUCGCCUCCCUGGGCUCAGAUUUAGUUAGAAGUUUGUUCGUUGUUUUCCUUGAAGCCGCUGCAGUCGGCCAUCCCGCGCCGUAACAUGACGAUUAAGCAGUAAAAUAAUAUUGAAGAAAACAGGCCUACACACAGAAACUGGAUAUGGAGUCAGUGAGGACCAGAGCUGCGGCGGGGGUGAAGGAAUUUGCGGGGAAGACCCUGGGUCAUAUGUACAGGGUGAUAGAGAGGAAACAGAAAACCGGGGAGGUAAUCGAGCUGACGGAGGAUGGGCGGCCCCGAGAGGCCGCGGAGAAGAAACCCCCGCUGUGCGACUGCAAGUGCUUCGGUCUGCCCCGCCGCUACAUCAUCGCCAUCAUGAGCGGCCUUGGUUUCUGCAUCUCCUUCGGUAUCCGGUGUAACCUGGGCGUGGCCAUAGUGGGCAUGGUCAACAACAGCACCAUCCACCAGAACGGCAAGAUCAUCAUCAAAGAGAAAGCCAAGUUCAACUGGGAUCCAGAGACGGUGGGAAUGAUUCACGGAUCUUUUUUCUGGGGCUACAUCGUGACACAAAUCCCGGGAGGAUACAUAUCCUCCAGGCUGGCAGCAAACAGGGUAUUUGGUGCAGCCAUUGUCCUAACCUCGACUCUCAACAUGUUCAUUCCCUCGGCUGCGCGAUUCCAUUAUGGGUGUGUCAUUUUUGUCAGGAUAUUACAAGGGCUGGUAGAGGGAGUGACCUACCCGGCCUGUCAUGGCAUCUGGAGUAAGUGGGCUCCUCCGCUGGAGCGGAGUCGUCUGGCCACCAUAUCAUUCUGUGGCUCCUACGCUGGUGCUGUGAUAGCAAUGCCUCUUGCCGGGAUCCUGGUUCAGUAUUCAGGCUGGUCCUCAGUGUUCUAUGUCUAUGGAUGUUUUGGCAUUUUCUGGUAUAUGUUCUGGAUCCUUGUGUCUUAUGAGAGCCCUGCUGAACAUCCGACUAUUACUGAUGAGGAACGCUGCUACAUUGAGGAGAGCAUUGGAGAGAGUGCCCAGCUAGCGGGUCCUUCUGAGAAAUUCAAGACCCCCUGGAAGAAGUUCUUCACCUCUAUGCCUGUCUAUGCAAUCAUUGUGGCCAACUUCUGCAGGAGCUGGACCUUCUACCUGCUGCUAAUCAGCCAACCUGCUUAUUUUGAGGAAGUGUUUGGCUUUGAGAUAAGCAAGGUCGGCAUACUGUCUGCCCUCCCCCAUUUGGUGAUGACUAUCAUUGUGCCCAUCGGCGGCCAACUGGCCGACUACCUGCGCACCAGGAACAUCGUGACAACUACCACUGUCAGGAAAAUGAUGAACUGUGGAGGAUUUGGCAUGGAGGCCACAUUGCUGCUGGUGGUAGGAUAUUCCCACAGCAAAGGGGUGGCCAUCUCCUUCCUGGUGCUGGCAGUGGGCUUCAGUGGAUUUGCUAUAUCAGGUUUUAACGUCAAUCACUUGGACAUUGCUCCACGUUAUGCCAGUAUCCUAAUGGGCAUCUCUAAUGGUGUGGGUACCCUGUCUGGGAUGGUGUGCCCACUGAUUGUUGGUGCUAUGACAAAGAAUAAGACUCGAGAGGAGUGGCAGUAUGUGUUCCUGAUUGCCUCCCUGGUGCAUUAUGGGGGCGUGAUCUUCUAUGGGCUCUUUGCUUCGGGGGAAAAACAGCCGUGGGCUGACCCAGAGCUGACCAGUGAGGAGAAGUGUGGCUUCAUCGAUGAGGACGAGCUGGCAGAAGAGACAGGCGACAUUACUCAGAGUUAUGGUGCUUUUGGAGGUCCAGCUAAGACGUACGGCGCGACCACGCAGGUAAAUGGAGGCUGGGCUGCCGGCUGGGAGAAGACAGAGGAGUACGUCCAAGAAGAAGCACAGGGAGGAGGCUACGGAUACAGGCAGGAUGAGGGAUACUCCUAGACCAAACAUGCAUUCACUGACAUGAGUAGACUUCAUUUCCUGAGUGUGCUUCAGUUUAGUCAUGAAAAAUAUCAACAAACGAGAAACAAGAAAACUACAAUCCAUUGUUGUAUUGUUUGCACAAAUUCUAAAAAGAAAAUCUAAAAAAUGAUCAACCUACUGUAAAAAUUACUCAAAUAUAUAGAAAAUUUAAAGAUAUUUGAUUAAUAGAGGUGUAACACAUAUCAAAUUGGCAGUAUGUAAAUGUAUUAUUAUGCAUAUUGAUAAUAGAUAUAUUUAUUUGGAGUGCAAUCGUGUGUAGACGUGAACAUUUUCAUCCCCAUCAGCCAAGGCUUCCUGUCCACACUGAAGCCUGUAGGGUUACAUAGAAGCUGUCCAUCAGAGCCAGCUCCUUAUUUAUAAAAAUUAACUGUUACAGUCCGACGUCCUACAAGCCAGCCAUUACAGUGUAUGAAUAUGUCACUGCACAGCAUUGUAAACAGAAACUAGACACUCUGUUGAUAUAGAUUGUACUGUAUCUCUCCUGAAUGCACUCAGAGUAGUGUGACCUCUUAAUGCACAAUAUGAUGAUUUUUGUUUUCUUAUCCACGGCUUCUUGUGUGUGUAACUUUAAGUCCUUGACAUGUAAGUGACCUGCUGUAGAGAUUUGAUUUGAGAGUGGCGUAACGACUUGUGAUGACUGUUUGGUUACACUUUGCUAUAUGUGAUCCAUUUUGUACCUCUGCCAUUAAGAGUUUCAGUUCAGCAUUUAGCGACCCGCCACAUUUCAGCAGUGUAGUGCAGGAGUAAAGCCAUUCUCAUUAUCAUACUCCACAUUCCUGUUAAGCCACAAAAAGUCUAGUUGUACCAAUGCAUUGUUGAAAGACUUGUCUUAAAUAAAACAUAUGAAAGAGAUAUAUGAAGGAAAAAAAUAACAUAAGAAUAAAUAAAUAAAUGCAGAAAGACAAUUAAAUACAUAAAUACAUUUUGGUAAAGAAAAAUACUAUUUCUGUACAUUAAUCUCGUCUUUCUCCCCCCCUCUUCCUCCUCUCCCCCCCAUUUCUCUCCUCUUUACUCGGCCAGGCGGGACAUGUUAAGUCUGACAGAAUCGGACUCAGGGUGGGCGCAAUCAGGGUGUUGGGGGUUAAAAGGGAGAUACUCCUGUCCACUGUCACCAAGUGGUUUGCUCGUGGAGGGAGCUGUUGGGUUUCUCUCUAUAAUAUUGUAAGUUUACUCUGUAAAGUGCCUUGAGAUAAUGUAUUAUAAGAUUUGGCACUAUAUAAAUAAAACUGAAUUAAGUUAAAGAACCUCACUUAAGCUAAGUGGCUAGUAGCUAGCUAAAAGCAAAGAAUCUGUGUACCAGUCAAGUCAAGGCACCCAAUCGAUUACACCACUAUAACCAGUCUGGUGUUAGACUGAGGUAGGACCUCCUACCUAAUUAACAUACAGACCCAUAAAUAAAUAAAUGAAGAGAAAUCUAGAAAUCCACCAAUAAAUAAAUGAGUAAAUACAUAAAUGAUUAUAUAAAUGCAGAAAUACAGAAAUGAAUAAAUAAAUAAAUGUAGUUUUCAAUAUCAAAAUGUAUUUAUUUAUUAAUUCAUACUUAUGUAAUUUUUUGUCCUUCAUAGAGAUAACUAUAGGUGCAAAGAGUAAAGAUGUGUAAGAGUUUAAAGAUAAAAAUUCAAUAUUGUUCGAGAAGAGAUUCAUGGUCAUACACGACCUUAAGAAGAGUUUGUGCAAUAAAGACUGAGAAAUUACAGACCAGCCGAUAUGUUUAAAAUAUUUACAUGAUAAAAGGGAUAGGUGUGUAAUUUUUAAUGUUAAAGCUCCUGAAAACUAAGUAUUUCUCUAUAACAUCCAAUAUUUGAAUACAUACAAUAACUCUGCUCAUUCUGCUUCAUCAGGACUUUGUGGGUUUGGUUUGAACAAAUUUGACUGACAGUGACAAAACCCAUCAACCAUGAAAUCAGAUGUAAAUGUUACUAAACUCAGCUGAGCCCCGCCCACUGUGAACCAGUGAAUAGAAUAAAAAAUGAAUGAAUGAAAUGAAAUUAUGAAAUAACCAAAACUGCUAACUUAAGCAGAAAUUGGUUAAAGUGAAAAGCUGAGAAAAUACGUUUUCAGGGCCUUUAAAGCUAAAGGGAUAAGACUUAAAAAUGUCAAAUGACAUUGUAGAAGCUAAAGUGAACAUUCCUAAACAAGUAUUUGAAUGUUUACAUUUAUCUAUACUUUGCAUAGAGUUCACCAAAACAGGAUUUACAGUUAUUGAAAAGAUACACUACGAAAGGCAAUCGCAAAUGUGUGCAAUUUGGACAGCCAUUUGUCCAUUUCCAUUACAGAACAGAACUGAUGAGACAUUUCAUGAACUAAUGUAUAAUGUAAUGACCUGUCUUCACCGAAUGAAAAGUGUUUCAGGCUCCUCAAUGGGAGGAACCAAGUGAACACGUCCUAUCUUCAGGAUCUGUUUUGUUCUCAUUCUGCACUUACACUGACUGACAAGGUCUGAAGGGGCCGAUUUGGUUAAUUUUUCACUGUCUGUGGAGACUUUAAGUCAGCACUUCACAAUAUAGAUGUGCGUGGAUGUGUAUUUAUGCAUGGAACAAAGUGAAAUUUGUAGUAUGUCCUUUUGUUUUUGUUUCCUUUUCUUUCAAACUUCUUUGUCUUUGUCUCAGAAACUGUUACUGAUGCUUCAAUUUCUUUGCACAAUUAACCAAAGGUGAAGAGCAGAGCUGGGUUUUAGCUGGAAGUCACAUAUUUUUAAAGGUAGUACAGACCAUCAGCAGCAAAGUUUCAGCUUACGGACCCCCAGUGUGCAGGUGGCACCAAACAUUACUCAGUGUACAAAGCAAUAAAUCCAUAGUAACAGUUCUGGUCAAACGUCAUGAACAGUCAUUAUGUAACUGUUUUUUAUGCAUUUGUUCAAAAGUCGUGUUUUUUGUGAUAACAAAUGUAGAAAAUAAACACUUAAAGAAAAAAAAGCAUUGAAAUAUACUGUAUGUAUGAAAAUAUAGUAAUAGAGUCCAACACAAACGUCUUUGACAACAAGAAAGUGCAAGGAGUUUGUGACAGGGCUGCUCACCAGAUGAGAAUGAUAAAACGAGCUCCGUCUGAGAGGCGGGCGCUCGUCUUCAUGUUUCUGUUUUGGUCCACAUGGAGUUUGUGUCUCUCUCUCUCUCUCUCUCUCUCUCUCUCUCUCUCUCUCUCUCUCUCUCUCUCCUCUCUCUCUCUCUCUCUCUCUCUCUCCCUCUCUCCCUCUCUCCCUCCCCCUCUCUCUCUCAGGUUUUAGUUUGAUUUUCAUGUUUAUCAUUAAGUGGCUGGACCCUCGUUGCCCUACUUAACCACACGUACCUCCUCCUCCCUCUGUACACCCCUGAUUUCAUUGUAACAAGAUUCAUCGAAGUUAUGGAUGAAACUUAACCAAGUGAUUCAACAUUUUCAAAAAUGAAAAAUGUGCAACCUGAAGUAGUUAAAAGUUUCCUGUUUUUGUGCCUCUGAAGUGUGAUUCUAUGGCUUCUGUUGCUGUGUAAAUUGAGAGGUUUGUUGAUGUCAACAUGAAAUACUCUAUAUCCUUUUUGAUAAAAAAAAAGCAAACAAA